AUUUGUACCGAGGCGGUGGUUCGCUUGCGCAUGCGUAGUUUUACACUGAUGUGGACAUCUUGGAAUAAAAGGGGCUUCGAGCGAUUCCUGACAAAAGAAAACACUCUCCAGGCUGCUUCUCUGCUUGACAAUGUCCACGAUGGUGUAUCCUCGUGAAGAGAAGCUUGAGAAGUUAUCGCAGGAGGAGAUCAUCUCCAACACUAAGCUGGUGAUCCAGGGUCUGGAGGCUCUGAGGAACGAGCACAACUCCAUCCUGCACAGUCUGCUGGAGACCAUCAAAUGCCUGAAGAAGGAUGAGGAGGCCAACCUAGUGCACGAGAAAUCCAACCUGCUGAGGAAAUCUGUGGAGAUGAUAGAGCUGGGGCUGGGUGAGGCACAGGUGAUGAUGGCUCUGUCCAACCAUCUGAAUGCCGUGGAGUCUGAGAAACAGAAGCUGCGCGCUCAGGUCCGGAGACUCUGUCAGGAGAACCAGUGGCUCCGAGACGAGCUGGCCAACACGCAGCAGAAACUGCAGAAGAGCGAGCAGAACGUUGCUCAGCUCGAGGAGGAGAAGAAACAUCUUGAGUUCAUGAACCAGCUGAAGAAAUACGAUGAAGACGUGUCACCUUCUGAGGAGAAAGAUGGUGAAGCCCCUAAAGACUCUCUGGAUGAUCUUUUCCCCAACGACGAGGAGGAACACGCUCAAGGAAGUCAGCACCAGCACAACAGCUCCGCGGUGGCGGCCGCUCAGCAGGGCGGCUACGAGAUCCCGGCUCGCCUCAGGACCCUUCACAACCUCGUCAUACAGUACGCGUCUCAGGGCCGCUACGAGGUGGCCGUGCCGCUCUGCAAACAGGCUCUUGAAGACCUAGAGAAGACCUCUGGUCACGACCACCCGGACGUGGCCACCAUGCUCAACAUCCUGGCUCUCGUGUACAGGGACCAGAAUAAAUAUAAAGAAGCGGCUCAUCUGCUGAACGAUGCUCUGACCAUCAGGGAGAAGACCCUUGGUAAAGACCAUCCUGCUGUGGCGGCCACUCUCAAUAAUCUGGCUGUUCUGUAUGGGAAGAGAGGGAAAUACAAGGAGGCCGAACCGCUGUGCAAACGAGCACUGGAGAUCAGAGAGAAGGUGUUGGGGAAAGAUCAUCCUGACGUGGCAAAGCAGCUGAACAAUCUGGCUCUGUUGUGUCAGAAUCAGGGCAAAUAUGAUGAAGUGGAGUAUUAUUACUGCAGAGCGCUGGAGAUCUAUGAGAGUCGACUCGGUCCAGACGACCCAAACGUGGCCAAAACCAAGAACAACCUGGCCUCCUGCUUUCUCAAACAAGGCAAAUACAAGGAAGCUGAGAUUCUGUAUAAAGAGAUUCUGACCCGCGCUCAUGAGAAAGAGUUUGGAUCAGUGGAUGCUGAAAACAAACCCAUCUGGAUGCACGCUGAAGAGAGAGAGGAGAGUAAGGGCAAACACAGAGACACACCCUACGGAGAGUAUGGAGGAUGGUACAAAGCCUGCAAAGUCAACAGUCCGACUGUAAACACCACGCUGAGGAAUCUGGGCGCUCUGUACCGCAGACAGGGUAAGCUGGAGGCCGCAGAGACGCUGGAGGAAUGUGCCACCAGAUCCCGAAAACAGGGUCUGGACCCAGCUCAUCAGACACGUGUGGUGGAGAUCCUGCGAGAGGACGGAGAUCGCAGACGCAGUAGAGACAGUCUGUCCAGUGUGAAGUAUGAGAGCGGAUCUGAGGGAGUGGAUGAAGUGAGUAUGGCCAUAGAGUGGAGCGGGGACGGCAGUGGUGCUCUGCAGCGCAGCGGCUCUCUCGGGCGGCUCAGAGACGUCCUGCGCAGGAGCAGCGAGAUGCUUGUAAAGAAACUGCAGGGCAAUGGACCUCCAGAUACACAAACCAGCAAUAUGAAACGUGCCACUUCACUGAAUUAUCUGAAUAAGACGAUUGAUGACUCUUAUCAGAGUUUAGGCACCAAGAGGCUGCGAGAAAGUCGAGGUUUGAGCUCCAGUAAUGUGGAUCUGUACAGCAGCCAUUAAAAUCACUGAAGAUCUCCUGUCAACCAACCAGAGUCCUUAUAUACACAAACAUAACACACACACACACACACACAAUCUCUUUUAUUUUACAGGUACUUUAAGUUUGUGGCUACUAAAUAUUUCUGUCUUGCACGUGAUAGUUUAUAUAUAUUUAUAAUCUUUUUUGACUUUCUUGUCUGUGAGGGAUUGUUGCUUUAUUGAGCUGAAGCUAAAUUCUGUUACUGUAUUUUUUACAAAUGUUUGUUUGUCUCCUGUUUGAGAUCAUCUCUAUCUCUCUUCUCCUCAUCUUUCUCUCAGAGAAUCAGAUCAUUUUAACUCUGUUCAUCUAUCUGAUAAUGGACUUAAAAAGAUCAGAAUAUUCGGUACAUGAGGAGGAUGUUUAAAUAAGAGACAGUGAGGCUGAUGUUACAUACAUACAUACAUCUGUGUAUCUUUAAAUAUUACAGACCUGCUGGAGUUGUUUGUUUUUUUUGCAUGGACCUGUGCAAUAAUCCAUACAUCAUCUAGGAUCUACUGUACAUUGAUGUUGAAUUGUUUGUUUGUAAUAUUUUUCUAGACACUUUACUCUCAGGUUAUCUUUGGAUUUGAUGCACGUGUGCUGUUCUUUUAUAAUAAUAGGGUAUUUCAUAUACGUUUGAGUGGCUUUCUUUCUUUCGUCUUUUGAUCUUUUGAUCGUUUUAAAAGUUUUUAUCACGUUUUAUAAAGAAAUGGUGUGGAGAUGAUGUAACACUGAGAUCACACCUCAUCCUGACAUUUGAAUGUUGAGUUUGGCUUUAUUCUUCAGAUAAUGAUGUAAAUAUUACUCAUGUGUUUUAGAAAGAGAGAAAUCCUGCUGGUUUUAAAAUAGUGUAGCUUUAAAUGAAAAGGAAUCUCAGGAUAUGAAAAACUGAUCGAGUCUGUGGGAAAUCAUCUCAACUUCAUAUUAAUGAAACGUUCAGUGAUUUCCCUUUAUCAUAUAAAGUGUGUCUCUUCAUCACUUUUGACCAAAAUAAUGUUUUUGACAGUUUAAUGGUUUAAAGAACUUUAAAUGUUUAUUGAAUAAUAAUAUGUGUUUUAUAUUGGCGUCUCUGUUACUGCAGUAGUCAUUCAGUUAUAUUGUCAUUAAUGUGCCAUUUGUUUCUUUAAUGCCCAAAUGUGUGGCCCCAAAAUACCCCAGUAAAAAUAAAAACCGUGC